AUGUCGAAGCAGCCGCUCCCACAACCUGUGCUGGAUCCGACGAAGAGAUCAAAGAUCCCAGUCGAUUCGAACCACGGGCUCUGGGGUUUCUUCAAUAAGAACCGAAAGGCAUUGAGUACACGAGAAGAUGUAAUUGGGACUGGUCGCCCCUGGACUGUUGAAGAACUACGGCAUAAGUCCUGGGAAGAUCUACAUUCGCUAUGGUACAUAUGCUGUAAGGAACGAAACAGACUUGCCACAGAAUACAAGGAACGAAAACGACUGCAAUUCGUACCCCAACAUGAGGGGGCAAGAAAGCGUGAUAUGACGAUUCGGCAAACACAAGCCAAGAUAAAGCACACCCUUACCGAACGCUGGUAUGCGUGGGAGGAGGCGCGGAAGGUGGCCGAGGACGACCCUGAAGUCAACCUUAAAGCUGAUCUAGACACUCCAGCAUAUCGGCCAAGAUCUUUCGAGGAUGAAGAGGAGGUUGACGAACAGCCUCGAGCUGCAGCUGCAGCUGGACCCGCAUAG